AUGAAUUCACAUCAUGAAAAUGAUUCAAUAACUUUAUUAUUAACUAAUACAAAUGAUCAGAUUUGUUGGCAUAUACCCAAACCAUUUCAGACAAGUCUUAAAUUAGCAGAAAGUCAAACUUUACAUUUUAUUCAUCUUUUACCUGAAUCUGUGCAAACAAUAUUAUCUGAACAUUUAAAUGGCAAUGAAACAUUAAUAACUAUGAUCUGGUUUAUUAUAAUAUGUGUACUGUGCUUUGUACUCAGUUUGUUUUUUUUGUCAAUGGGUAUAAAACAAUUAAAACAAAGUAGAUAUGCAAAAGAAAAUCGUACACAAUGUCAACAACUUCAACAACAUAAUGAUCAAAUGGAAUUUGAAUGUGCUACCUACAAACGAAAACAUGAACAAUUAUUGAAUGAAAUUGAAGAAAUGAAAAAUUUAUCUAAAGAAAACGAAGAUGAUCUUGUUCAAUUACGUAAAGAAUGUAGCCAACUGAAGGAUGAUUUGGAAAAAACACAUAUUGAAUAUCAUACUUUGCAAAAUGAAAUUGAUAAUAAACAAAGUUUAAUACAAAACUAUGAAAUUGAUAUGCAAAAACAAAUGGAAAUAGUCACACAUUUGAAUAAUGAGAUAUUUGAAUAUCAACAAGAAUUAGGAAAAGAACGAGAAACAAUAGCACGAUUACAAUCAAAUGAUCUCUCAUUAGAACGUUUCGAAAAACUACAAGAAACUAUUCAACUACUUAAAUCAGAAAUUUCUCAACUCAAACUAGAAAAAUUCACUCAAACAGAUCAAUUACAACAACUUCAAGAACAAGUUAAUCAACUAGGCAUUGAUAAUAACCAACUUAUUAUCAAAAUGAAACAACUCAAAGAUUUAAUUGAACAAAAAGAUGAAACUAUCACUCGUAUGCGUCAAAAAAUACUGAAUAAUCAUGAUGAUGAUGAAGAUGAAACAACAGGUGAGAUUAUUUUAUUAUUAUUAUUAGAAAAAGAUGAUUUACUUUCCAAAGUAUCAUCAGAAGAAAAUGUCGAUAACAAUUCACAAGAACUCUUAUCAAAUAUCGAUAAUGAUGUUGAAAAAGCAAAUCAACAUAUGCGUGAUUUACAUUCGGAAAUUGAUGAAAAAACUCGUCGUAUCAAAGAACUUGAUCUAUUACUUAAUCAAGAAAAGGAUCGUUGUCGAGAAGUGGAAACAAAACUAAAAGUUGUUUUAGAACUUCGAGAACGAGAUGCUCAUUUACAUAUUCGACAAUUAGGACAAACUGAUGCUGAACUUCGAAAAGCAAGAACAGAUACUGAACGUGUUCGUAUUUUACAACAACAACUUCAAUUAAAAGAACAACAAUUAGAAGAUGUUCAAAAGGUGUUAAAUAGUGAACAAACGAAGUUUAGUGAAGAAUGUAGUAAACUACAACAUGAAACACAUGAAAAAUGGAUGGAAGUAAAGCGCUUAGGUCGAGAACUUGAUGGAGCGCGAAAAGAAUGUGAAGGUCUUCGAAGACAAAUAACUAAAUAUGGUAACAAUGAACGUUCAUCACAACAUCUAACUCAUACUGGUAGUCGAGCAUCGAGUGAACCAGGAACAAAUGGAAAUACUCCAUCAUCUCCAACUCAACAAGAGACAAAAUCAACUGAUCAAAGUAUCAGUUUAAAUAGUACUAGUCCGGUCAAUACAUUUAGAGCUGAACCACCUCUAUUUAUGUUGUCUAGACCACAUUUCCGUCCACCGCCGUUUUUACCUCCCUUGAUAUGCAAUCGAUUCAUAUCAUCUGCUAGAUAUCCGAUACCAUUCAAUGGUUUACAACAAGCAACAGUUAACAAUGACGUUUUAUCUACUAAUAAAAAUAAAACAUAA